GUACUUCGAUACUGUGAAUCAUCCUCUGUUGGUACAUGCUGUACAUAUGCAAUGGAAACAAAGAUGGCUAUGCAAUCACGUCUGCACCUGGAAAAACACUCCAAAGAACAAAUUUUAAAAAUGUCAAACAUGCUAAGUUCUAAAGCGCAAAAAUUUAAUGAGGACUUCCGUAAAUUGUUACUCAAAUCAAAAGUAGAAUUUCACAAUAUGUACACACGCACUUAUGGAAUUAUUUAUCAACAGAACUCAUAUGUAUUUUCGGAUUUAUUCAAAGAAUUGGAAAACUAUUAUGCACGCGGACGCGUCGAUCUCAUUGAUGUCAUGGAUAAGUUCUUUAAUACGUUGUACCAAAAAAUGUUCCAGGUACUUAAUGCACAGCAUCAAUUCGAUGAGAAAUAUCUCCGCUGCGUCAGUGAACACAUGAAGGAACUCAAACCUUUCGGUGAUGUACCAGAUAAAUUAUCUGUUCAAAUCAAACGUUCUUUUGUCGCUACCCGUACAUAUGGACAAGCACUUGCAACUGCAGCCGAAGUAUCAAAAAAAUUAAUUAAUGUACGUCUAAAUGCCGAUUGUACAGCUGCACUCACAAAAAUGGCACAUUGCGGAGCUUGCAAAGGUUACGCAGAAAAGCCCUGUACCAAUUAUUGUGUCAACGUGAUCAAAGGUUGCCUGCACUACUUCAAUGAGUUCGACGUCGAAUGGGAGAACUUUGCAUUGGCAAUGGAUAAACUAGCCGAACGAUUGCUGGGUUCAUUCAAUAUUGUGAUGGUUGUGGAACCGAUAAACAUUAAAAUUUCAGAGGCGAUUAUGAAUUUUCAAGAUUCCGGCGUGGAUAUAACGAAUCGUGUGUUCCAAGGUUGCGGUCGUCCAAUACUUGGUCGUACUAGUCGUGCAGUUAAUCCUAAAUUUGCUGUUAGCACAGAAGAUACAAAAUAUGUGAAAAAACGUGCUGCAACAUUAGAUACACUAAAUGAACAAAUCGAAUCAGAUAUUUUAGAUAUCGAUGCUGCUCUCGAUGAAGCGAUAGUGCUACGUGAAAGACGUGCCGCAGAACCAGGUUCACGCGAUGAUAAAAAUGGUGAUAGCUCUACACGCAAUAAUGGUAACAACAACAACAACAACAACAACAAUAAUCGCAAUCGUAAUCAGAAACGUAAACAACAAAAUCGUAAAAACGAUAAUGAUGAUUAUUCUGGUCGCGAUCCAAUUUUAGAUAAAUUGGUGCGUGAUAUUCGUCAACGUGUGAAGGACUCUAAAAAAUUCUGGUCAAAUUUACCACACCAAAUUUGUGCUAAUGAUGAGAUUUCAUCAUCAUCAGAUGUGGAUGGCAUGUGUUGGAAUGGACAUACAAUCGAUAGAUAUAUGCAUUCUGUUACUACUGAACAUGGUCGAAAUCCUGAAUUUCCUGGCAAUCCAGCGAGUACACGACAAACUUCUCUAGUUGCUACACAAUUAUAUUAUUUGAAAAAUGCUGUCAACCACUUGCGUAGUGCUUAUACUGGGCAAGACGUUGAUUGGACUGAUCAAGAAGAUGCCUUUUAUGGUAGCGGUUCAGGUUCUGGUGGUGGUAGUGAUGAUGAAGAUGAUGAUGAAGGUUCUGGAAUAAGCGGUAGUCCAUUUACACCAAGUCAUAAACCAGAUCACACAGAUCGCCCAUCAGUGCGAGUCAAUAAUGUUGACGAUGAGGAUACAGAGGUCGAUGAGGAUAUACAUAUUGGAGGUGGUGGUGGUUCUGUCAUUACACACACCACUGGUGGUACUAGUGGUGCUGGGCAUGAGACCAAUGUAGUCGGCGAAGAUGACAAUAACAGUCACAAUGCUGACAAUGAUGAUGACGACGAACUUAAUACUAAAACAAGUGGGAGUGCCGGUGGCAAUUCGAAGCCACAACGUAUGUCAUUACGGCGUGCACUGUUACUGUAUCUGCUGCCUUUAUAUAUGGCAUGGUUUGGUGGUAUUUUUGCCGAUUUGCUGUGAUUUGUUAUUGUUAUGCUUAAUUAGGAGUGUAUUUGAAUAUUGUAGGAAUGAGUUACGAAAGUGUAAUCAUCAAUGCUAUCGAAGCAAUCAAAAAGAUUUUAUUUCUUUUGUAAAUUAUUAAUAUUGUUUUGAAAUUUAAUGGCAUUCUUUAGUAAUUCAUGAACAAAUGUAAUUAAUUUGCUAUAUUAUCAUUUUGUAGA